AUUGUCCCACGUGGUUCUUUAGUAAAGCGGCAAGUGUGUUGUGUAAAAUAAAUUAUAAAGCUUCAUUGGUGUGAAAUAGCGAAAUUAUACUUAAAAUGCUCUUUUACUCAUUCUUCAAAUCCCUUGUUGGGAAGGAUGUGGUUGUGGAAUUGAAAAAUGAUCUCAGUAUAUGUGGAACACUGCACUCUGUGGAUCAGUACUUAAACAUCAAGUUAACAGAUAUAAGUGUGACAGACCCUGACAAAUAUCCACACAUGCUGUCCGUGAAAAACUGUUUUAUACGAGGAUCCGUGGUGCGAUACGUCCAGUUGCCAGCAGAUGAGUGUGACACGCAACUCUUACAAGAUGCAGCACGCAAGGAGGCAGCCCAGAGCAAGCAGUGAUGGAGCUUAAUCGCAAUCAUGAAACAGUGUUCAUCUAUCAGGACUCAUUGUGUCUUCGUGGUCAUCAAAUAGUGCUGGCGUUACUAGUACUCAUUGUCUAGAGCAAGAGGCAACCGUGUUCAUUCACACUUCGUUCAGAAUUGUAACCAUGGUAACUGUUCAGCAACUACGGUGACCAUGUUCACCCACCAAUAUUGGCUGUAACCAUGGUAAUCAUCCGGCAACUGUAUUGGCCGAGUUGGUCGUCGCUGCGACCAUAGGAGUCGUCUGGAGCAAUCUGUGACUAUGUUACAUCAGUGUGUACCGUAACCAUGGUAAUUGUGCACUGCAAGCUGAGACCAUGUUCAUCGAGUGCCAGCUAAGUCCAUGUGCCUGUGUUUGCAGUUACCAUGGUGAUCAACCAAUUCACCUUUCUGUUAUUUUUGCUUAGUUGCUACAUUAGGUUUGAAUUUCACUAUACUUUUUACAAAUCUGGCAAAAAAACUAUACUAUAUGUUAUACUAGCUUUAUUACAUAUAAUAAUGUAAUAAACAGCAAAUGUGUUGGAAACAUACAUUCAUAUAGAAACUUUAUGAAUUCCUAUAAGUUUGAGGAACUAGUUAUGCCAAAGGUUAUAUAUCUACGUGUCAAUGAAGAUAUCAAUGGCAAAAAUUAUGUUUUUUGGUUAACAUGAAUUAGUUACAAUAUCUGUCUAUUGUUGCUUAAAUCUGUGUAAAGAUUAGCCUCCUUAUAGUUCUCACAAUCAUGAUUUUCAUUGCCUAAACAAAUUUUUUAUUAAACCAUGCAAUUUCACUUUUUGUUUUGUAAUUAUAUGACAAUAAAUAUUAUUAGUGAAUUUGUAUGCA